CCUCUUGGGUACUACUCGAGAGUUUUUAACAUGCGACGUGUUGAGAGUACUACUGGUAUCGACAUAUAUUUAUCUACCCCAGUCUUCUGUUGUUCAACUUCCCACUGUGGUUCUAAUGCGUCUUCUGCAUGUCCUUCCUGGGCUGCUACCCCGCUAUAUCCUCAAGUCGGGCAUUGCGGAGUGCAGAAGCCACGAAAAAGCAACCACCGUACCAACUACUAUGAAGACUUAUACCACUGGCUCUGAAGGUUAGAGGAGAUUGUAAUAU